GUUUAUUUUUGUGAAUACUUUAAAAAAAGAUACGAAAUUUCAUUUUCUUACUCUACGGUUUCAUUCAUAGUUUUAAAGCGCAUUACUUGUCAAAUGGUAAUUGUUUAAAGCAGGUAGUAAUUAGUUAGCUUUUAUAAUUUGUAUCGAACUGUUGUAAACAUGGGACAGACUUUAUCAGAGCCCGUCACUGCUAAGGAAACUUCAAGUUGCGCAAAUGAUUUUGUUAAAGUUGGUGCUUCGUGUAUGCAAGGAUGGCGUAUUAAUAUGGAAGAUGCACACACACAUUUAUUAUCUCUAGCUGAUGAUAAAGAAGCUUGCUUUUUUGCUGUUUAUGAUGGUCAUGGAGGAGCAAAAGUUGCUGAAUAUGCUGGAAAUAAUUUACAUAAGAAGAUUGUUUCUCAUCCAGCUUAUAAAAAGGGAGAUAUUGUUGAAGCUAUAAAACAAAGUUUUUUGGAAGUAGAUGCUGAUAUGCUGAAAGAUGAAAAUAUGAGGGAUGAAUUAGCUGGCACAACAGCUGUUGUUGUAUUAAUUAAGAAUGGAAAAAUUUAUUGUGGAAAUGUGGGGGAUUCUCGGGCUGUUGCUAGUGUUGCUGGAGCUGUUCAACAACUAUCAUUUGAUCAUAAACCAAGUAAUGAAGGUGAAGUGAAACGAAUAGUUGCUGCUGGUGGAUGGGUUGAAUUUAACAGAGUUAAUGGCAAUCUUGCUCUCUCGCGAGCCUUAGGAGAUUUUGUUUUCAAAAAGAAUGAAAAGAAGCCCCCUGAAGAACAAAUAGUGACUGCAUAUCCUGACGUUGUAGUCAAAGAUUUAACUCCUGAUCACGAAUUCAUAGUUUUAGCUUGUGAUGGAAUUUGGGAUGUAAUGACAAAUGAUGAAGUUGUUAAUUUUAUAAGAACAAGAAUAGCUAUAAGAAUGGAACCAGAACAAAUAUGUGAAGAGCUGAUGACCCGCUGUCUUGCUCCCGACUGCCAGAUGGGUGGCUUAGGAUGUGAUAACAUGACUGUAGUUUUAGUUUGUCUCCUACAAGGAGAGUCAUAUGAAGAAUUGGCUAAUAAAUGUUAUAGAGUGUAUACUUCCACUCAGGACGAUACUUUGAUAUUGUCAGAAUCAUCUGCCUCUGAAGCAGAAGAUGAUUGUGAAGAAGACAACACUAAGUCAGAAGGUUUUCAUCAACGAGAUUCAAUGUUACGUGAUUGUAAUGUUCCGUCAAAUAGGCCUCCAACUGUUCCUUCCAACUUGUCUGAGAAACCACCAACGUCUCAUUUACCAGGCCUAGUUCAAAUGGACCCUUCCACAAGAGAAGGGGGUGAGCUUACUAUAGCUUAAGUGUACUUAGCUCUGAAAGUUAAUAAAAAAUGUAAAGUAUAUAUAGGAGGCAUUCUGCACAGAUAUACAAUAUUUAAAUUGUGAUGAAAAAUAUUGUAAAUAAUAAAAUAUGUUGAUGCCUGAAUAAAUUUUAACAUGGCACAAAGGAUAA